AUGACGCUGAUCACACAUGUUUUAUUUAUAGGGUUCAUCAGCUUUGGCGCGCAUAAGGAAGUGGAGGGAGGAGUUGAGAUCGAUGCCAGUAAAAGUAUAAGCGGCAGUCAGGAAUUUGAGGCAAGUGAAGGUAUCAGCGGAGGCUCAGAAUUAGGAGCUAGCGCGAGCGGUGGUAUUGGAGGCAGCGCAGGCUUAGGAGCUAGCGGUGGUAUUAACGGUGGCUCAGAAUUCGGAGCCAGCGGAGGCAUCAGUAGCAGCUCAGAAUUUGAAGCAAGCGAAGAAGUGAGGGGCAGCCAGAGUUUUGGAGCUAGCGGUGGCAUUGGAGGAAGCGCAGGCUUAGGAGCUAGCGGUGGUAUCAGUGGAGGCUCAGAAUUCGGAGCCAGCGAAGAAGUGAGGGGCAGCCAGAGCUUAGGAGCUAGCGGUGGUAUUGGAGGCAGCGCAGGCUUAGGAACUAGCGGUGGUAUCGGAGGCAGCGCAGGCUUAGGAGCGAACGGUGGUAUCGAAGGCAGCGCAGGCUUAGGAGCUAGCGGUGGUAUCAGCGGUGGCUCAGAAUUCGGAGCCAGCGGAGGCAUCAGUGGUAGCUCAGUAUUUGAAGCAAGCAAAGAAGUGAGGGGCAGCCAGAGUUUUGGAGCUAGCGGUGGUAUUGGAGGCAGCGCAGGCUUAGGAGCUAGCGGUGGUAUCGGAGGCAGCGCAGGUUUAGGAGCGAACGGUGGUAUCGGAGGCAGCGCAGGCUUAGGAGCUAGCGGUGGUAUCAGCGGUGGCUCAGAAUUCGGAGCCAGCGGAGGCAUCAGUGGCAGCUCAGAAUUUGAAGCAAGCGAAGAAGUGAGGGGCAGCCAGAGUUUUGGAGCUAGCGGUGAUAUUGGAGGCAGCGCAGGUUUAGGAGCGAACGGUGGUAUCGGAGGCAGCGCAGGCUUAGGAGCUAGCGGUGGUAUCAGCGGUGGCUCAGAAUUCGGAGCCAGCGGAGGCAUCAGUAGCAGCUCAGAAUUUGAAGCAAGCAAAGAAGUGAGGGGCAGCCAGAGUCUUGGAGCUAGCGGAGGAGUGAGAGGCAGUCAGAGCUUAGGAGCUAGCGGUGGUAUCGAAGGCAGCGCAGGCUUGGGAUUCAGUGCAGGCGUGGAAGGUAGUGCUGGUGGGCAAUCUUCGGGAAGCCUCAGUGUUUGA